CAUCUGAAAUCGUUUGAUUUUGCCAGUAUUGAGAAUCGAGCAUGCUUGUAUACAGAUGUCAACCGAAAAAAGUUCGAAAAGGAGCGGAGCGCAAAUAAUAUUUCUUUGAACGGUAUUCGGGAGUUGUGACAAAUACUAUAAGAAUCACCAAAUACAAAUUCAAAAAUGAGUGACGAUUUUUUAAAGGAAACAUUCUCAAUACCCUCAUCAGCGACCGAAGCAGCAAGCGCAAACUACGCUCCUGUUUCAAAAACUUAUAGUAGUGCUCCUGUCUCGCCGUAUCUCAAUUAUGAUUCACGAUACCUACUGCAAGCACAGCCAGAAUUCAUAUUUCCCGAGGGUGCCAAUAAACAGCGUGGGCGCUUCGAGCUGGCCUUCUCACAAAUAGGUACUUCGGUGAUGAUUGGAGGCGGAAUCGGCGGAAUGGCAGGUGUCUACAAUGGUUUCAAAGUCACCAAGGCGCUCAAACAGACGGGAAAACUUCGACGAACGCAGUUAAUUAAUCACAUUAUGAAGCAAGGUUCGGGCACGGCGAAUACGUUGGGUACACUGGCGGUACUUUAUUCGGCGUGUGGGGUGUUGUUGCAGUUCGUCCGAGGGGAGGAUGACCAUAUAAACACAGUGAUUGCAGGAUCUGCCACAGGACUGUUAUACAAGUCAACAGCUGGCCUACGUAGGUGUACAUUUGGUGGCGCUAUUGGGCUAGGCAUUUCGUCGCUGUAUUGCUUAUAUCUGUUAGCACACGAGAAUAGUACAAACUCAAGUCACAAACUCCUCUAGAAGGUUUCUAGCUAGAGGAUAUUAAUAAUAUACAAAGUCAUUGUUCAUAUUUGAUGCUCCUAACCGUGUAAAAUGAAGUUUUGUUUUAUAUUACCUAAA